AUGGCGAGCGAAUUCCCCGGGCCCGAGGUUCUGUGGCAGCCGUCGCAGCGGAAGGGCAAAAUAGCCAUGGAUGAAUACCGUCAUCACGUCAACGAGAAAUUCGGAAAAAAUAUGCAGGAUACAAAAGCUCUGCAUCAGUGGUCUAUUGAGGAGCCGCACGAUUUCUGGAUUGAUAUAUACUCCUAUUUAGACCUUACGCCUCCCCUUCCUUCAACCACUAAGAUCGCCUACGAUGAGAGCUUACCCUUAAGUUCUAUUCCAGAGUUCUUCGCAGGACAUGAGAUCAACUAUGCAGAAAAUGCGAUUUUCUCAAAUCCCAAUCCGGAUGCGCUCGCUUUGAUUGGAAUUCGCGAAGGCCAGAAUAUUUACGGAAGCGAGGCACACCUUGUUACUUGGAGGGACUUUCGCGAAAGGGUCAGAAAAACUGCCAGUGCGCUUAAGAACAGUGGUAUCAAACGAGGAGACCGAGUUGCGGCUAUCGUCGCGACAUCCCCUUGGGCUGUUGUUCUAUUUCAUGCUGCUGCAUCGAUGGGGGCUAUAUUCACAUCUAUAAGCCCCGAACUUGGGGCCGAAGGAUGUAUUACAAGACUUAAACAGAUCACGCCAAGCAUCCUGUUUUUUGACAGCCACUCUAUCUAUCGAGGCAAAGCAGUGUCUACCGUGCCAAAGAUUCAUAGGGUUGCUGCCCAGCUUCAACCUCGGCUUCAAUUAUACGUUGUACCAAUCACGCUGGGCUGUGAAGAGAAAAGAUUUGCCAGCCUGAAUUCAUUUUUUGAAAGAUCAAGCACAUCGGACGAAUUGACUUUUGAAAGAGUUCCAUUCAACUAUCCUUUGAUGAUAUGUUAUUCCUCGGGCACAACUGGAGCCCCGAAAUGCAUUGUUCACCAACACGGGAUUGUUCUUCAAUCCAAGAAAAUUUCGGUUCUCCACAACUGCUUGACUUUAAACGACACGGUCAUGCAGUAUACUAGCACGUCGUGGGUUGCCUUUUACGGCAUGUGCGGCCACUUGACAGCCGGUUCAACUCUUGUUGUUUAUAACGGAAGCCCCUUGUUCCCAGAUGCGACACAAAUGCUUCGCAUAUGCGAUAGAUUUAAGCUCACAUUUAUGGGUGUUUCUCCGCGCUUGCUCUUGGAGAUAGAAGCUUCUGGUGCAGUCCCCAAACGCGAUUUUGAUAUCUCAAAGCUCAAAACCGUCCAUACUACUGGCGCACCUCUCUCUCACGAGCAGUAUAGGUGGUUCUAUAGGGCAUUCCCUCCAGACGUGCAGAUAUGCAAUAUUGCUGGUGGCACUGAGACUGGUACACAUGUCAUCGCGAUGGAUCCAUCAGGCCCUCUCCAUGCAGGUGAAAUGCAGGUUCUCGGUCUUGGAACAGAUGUGGAUAUCGUCGAUCCAGAGACUGGUCAAUCUAUCGCAGAUACGGGCGAGGCUGGAGAAAUGAUUAUGAGAAAGCCAUUUCCCAGUAUGCCAUGCUUCUUCUGGGGUGAUAAAAGUGGCAGAUUAUACAAAGCGGCAUACUUUGAGCGCUUUCCGAACAUAGAUGUUUGGGCGCAGCAUGACUGGCUAAGGAGAAAUCCAAGGACCGGAGGCUAUGUCAUGCAUGGAAGAAGUGAUGCUGUUCUCAAUCCUUCCGGCAUACGAUUCGGCAGCGGCGAAAUAUACGCGAUUGUUGAGGCACAACCAUUCACCGACUAUUUCAGCAACUGCCUUUGCGUCGGGCGUCGUAGAUCAAAUGACACGGACGAACAGGUAUUCCUCUUUUUACUCAUGAAGCCUAAAUGCUUCUUGACUCAAACUUUCCGCAAUGAAAUCAAAACCGCGAUUCGAAAUGGGUUGUCACCAAGACAUGUACCGAGAUUUGUACUGUCAGUGCCUGAUAUACCCAUGACUAUCAACGGUAAACGAGUGGAAAUAGCCGUGAAGCAAAUCAUCAGUGGCCAAGAGGUCAAGGUCAGUGCCACAGUGCAAAACCCUGAGACAUUGGAAGCGUUCAAACGUUUUCGAGCCAUAGAAAGUGAUGACCAGGAUGGAGCUCGUCUUUAG